AACAGAUAGGUGAAGGUGUUAUGGCCUCUCAUUGGAGCAUAGUAGGCUUUGGUGACGCAUAUACUAAGGUGUAGAAAAGUCAUCUUAGGAACCAAUCAAAGCCUUGCAACUCCAAUAAACGACAAGAAACCUCAACCAUAAAAGGGGCAUCCAUCUCAUUGCAAACAUUUCAAACACUUGGAUUUCUCUUGAAGCCUCUCUUCCAAUUUCCUUUACAAUCCUUUCCCUUCUUCUGUUAUAGCAAAAAGAAUCCAAAAGUAGUUUCCAUUCAAACUUUUUUAUUCUCUUUUUUCUUUGUACUCAAUGGAGGGCAGCACAAGCUCUGAACUCCCACCUGGCUUCAGGUUUCACCCAACUGAUGAGGAACUAAUCGUUUACUACCUUUGUAACCAAGCCACAUCAAAGCCAUGCCCUGCAUCCAUCAUCCCAGAAGUGGAUAUCUAUAAAUUUGAUCCAUGGGAAUUGCCUGAUAAAACAGACUUUGGAGAAAAUGAAUGGUAUUUCUUUAGCCCAAGAGAGAGGAAGUAUCCAAAUGGGGUGAGGCCUAAUAGAGCAACAGUUUCUGGGUAUUGGAAGGCUACUGGCACAGACAAAGCAAUCUAUAGUGGGUCUGAACAUAUUGGGGUGAAGAAAGCUUUGGUUUUUUACAAGGGUAGGCCACCAAAGGGUCUAAAGACAGAUUGGAUCAUGCAUGAGUAUAGAUUAAUUGGAUCAAAAAGACAACCUAGCAGGCAAAUUGGGUCCAUGAGACUGGAUGACUGGGUCUUGUGUAGGAUCUAUAAGAAGAAGAACAAUGGAAAAUCAUUGGAGGUGAAAGAGGAGUACACAACAGCACAAAUCAAUCUGACACCAGCAAAUGAUGAUAGUGAACAGGAAAUAAUGAAAUUUCCAAGGACAUGUUCCCUUACUCAACUUUUGGAUAUGGAUUACUUGGGUCCAAUAUCACAGAUAUUAUCUGAUGGAUCAUAUAAUUCAACCUUUGAUUUUCAAAUUAAUGCUGCCAAUGUUGGAAUGGACCCAUUUGCAAGACCACCACAGCUGCUUGAAAUGACUAACCCUUAUGCAGCAGAUUCAGGAAAGUACCAAGUGAAACAGAAUAGCAACAUCAACCAGACGAUAUUUAUGAACCAAGUGUAUGAUUAGAAAGGGUAACACCAAUAAAAAAUGAAAAUGGAUUAUUUAGGCAUGACGAUAAGCGUCACAUAAAAUAAUCCUGAAGAUUCUUUGUAGAAAUAUAUAUAUUACAUCACUUAAAUGAAUUUUCAGUGAUCCAAUCUAAUAUAGCUCACGUAGACAUUGUUUAUACACUUUUUUUUUUUUUUUUUUUUUGUAAAAAAGGA